AUGAAGUGUAGGAAAAUACAAAGUUCAGAACUAGAAAGGUCGUCUAGUUCUUCUACAUCACACAAAUUAUCCCAAACUUCGGAUGAUAAAUCUCAGCAGCUCUUGGACGGCUCAUUAUCUCCGUUGCAUACGCGGCGAAGAUCGCUCAAUGGUUCAGUUACCCCUGUACCGGAUUUCGCUCAGUUCGAUUAUUUACGUGAAUGCCCCAAGUUAAUAACUGUAGCAAAUGAAAGUAGUUAUCAAAGUAUCACCGCUGCAUUCUCUGACUUGGAUAAAGUCCAGCUGGAAUUAGAGCGCAUGUUAAUGCAUACAACAGACCAUCAAAAAAAAAUAUGUGGAGAAAUAACGUUUCUCACUACUGGAGAUUAUCCAUCAGAUGACAUUUCACAUAGGCCAAUGCCUAUAUAUGAUCUUAGAUCCUUGGAUAUUUUACCUAGCUGCAGUAGCGAAAUUGACAGAGAGUGGCUGGAAGAUGAAAUCUUAGAAGACGAAGUAAAUUGGCUGGAUGAUGGCUUUGAUGUGUGGCCACCAGUCAAUUUGUCUCAGAAAUUCUGGGUUUUUGUUCGUGAAUAUCUUGAUCCUGUUGAUGAGGAAUACUUGCAACAAUGGUGGACAAACAUUGUUCAGCUUUUUGGUUGUAGUAAAGAUUUAAUAUCAUCCAAAUCAUCAGCAGGUAAUCUUUGUCUUGGUAUUUUCAUAAGCAUAAUUAGGAAGUCGCGUAGAUCAACAAAGACAGUCAAUAUCUGUGACGUAUUUCAAGACUGUAAAGCUAGCUCUUCUUGUUCAAAAUGGGAAGCACAUGUUUCCUCGCAAGACAAGUCUCCCGUGUCCUCUUCGUCAUUCGAAUUGACGCUUCCCAACAAAGAUGUAUCUCCGCCACCAAAAAAAAUACCUAGGUGUGAAUCAAGAACACAAUCCUUUUCAUCAACAGAAGCAACAUCUUUGAUCAGUGCUCUCAUGAAAGCUUACAUCCGCGAAAAAGAUGAUAGUUCAGAGAGAAAGAAUUGCGAGUGGAUAGUAAAUGAUGAAGAGGAUGGAAUCGAAAAUACGCUAGAAAUUUCUCAUUCUAAUGGUCAUGAGAAUAUUCUCGCAAAUUUUGGAGAUGAAUUAGAGAUGUUUAAUUAUGUUUUAUGCAACUACCUCAAUUCAUUAGAUAAAGAUUCUGAUGCUUCUCAAUGUGGUGAAGAAAAGGAAAGUAUUAAAUCGGAGGGUUUUGAAGAACUAGUGAGAUCUCCUUCCAAUAAAAAGAUUGAUAAUAAGGAUGAAGUAUCUGUCGCUCUCAUGAAGUUGCAAGCAGAGCUUGCAAUAAAGGAAGUUUCGUGGCGUGAAAUAGUUUACAAAAUUUGGCAUCGUUUGAUCGCAGAAUAUUUACGAACGAAAUUAGAGCGGGAACUCGAUAAGGCCGAUCGAGAGGCCAGUUAUUUCAUUUAUUUCAUGUUUCAAGUAUACGAUAAAUAUUUUUCUGAUUACCCAAAAAGGCGACCAAAAAAUGAGCAGGAAAGAGAGGAAUGUCGAUCGGUGUUGCAACGAAGAAAUCAAAUCGCUCAAGCAUAUUACGGAAAACAACAUGUUGCUUUAAGCAAAUGGAGACAAAAACAUUAG